AUGGAGGUGCAACACCUGGGCCAUCAGCUGUUGAAGACUGAUGCUGCACAGGAAGCCUGGACUUCUCUUACUGCAGCUCUAGGAAUGAAUCUCUUACUGCAGACAGAGCUGAACCUGAGCAGGAAUCCAGCAGGACUUUCAGGAGAUUCCAGAGUGAAACAACUGUGUGAUUUACUGCAAGACUCACACUGCAAACUGAGAAGACUCCAGAUCAAUAAUGAUGAUCUAACUGAAAAAAGCUGUUUAGCUUUAGCUACAGUUCUCCCCUCAUCCAGUCUGAGAGAACUGAACCUGAGUAACAACAACCUGCAGAAUUCAGGAGUGAAAAAGCUCUGUGAAGCCCUGAAAAAUCCUCUUUGUAAACUGGAAACACUGAGUCUUUCAUCCUGCAGUGUAACAGAGGAAGGAUAUUCUGCUCUGACUUCAGCUCUGAAAGCAAACCCCAAAUCACAUCUGAAAAAGCUGGAUUUCAGUGGGAAUGACCCCGGAGACAAAGGAGUUGAGCAGAUUACUUCUGUAUUUAUAUAUUCAAAGAAAACUCUGAGGCUGCUGAAAAGUGAUGCUGCAGAGGAAGCCUGCACUCUUCUUGAACAUAUUCUGAAUAAAAACCCUUUACUGCAGAGGAAGCUUGAUCUGAGCAAAAUUAACCCAAAAAAGAUCUCAGUUAAUCAGCUGUCUGCUCUACUGGAGGAUCCUCACUGCAGACUGCAGAACUUCACGUAA